AUGUCGUCUGUCGUCGAGCGCACACACCCGGCCUCGCUUGCUCCCUGGUCCUCGCACAGUCCCGAAUUCCUCGCGUGCGUCUCGCAGAAGGUGUCGAACGAGAUGGUCAGCUUCAUCGCCAACAAAGCGCGAGAGGUGAUCCAGAUCGACGACCCGUCGGCUUCGGAGUCCCUUCCGAGCCCCCCGCAGACGCCCGCCAAGACGGACGCUGAGGACCAGCAGCAACGAGCCUCCUCCUACCCCCUUCCCUCCCUCGAAGCAUUCAUCAUCAGCAUUAUCAAGCAUUCCAGAGUCUCGGUUCCCAGUCUCCUCACAACCCUCAUCUACCUUGACCGGCUUCAGACGAAGCUCCCCAAGAUGGCCAAGGGAAUGCCGUGCACUCGUCAUCGCGUGUUCCUUGCGACGCUCAUUGUCGCAUGCAAGUACUGCCACGACUCGUCGCCGAAGAACAAGCAUUGGGCGAAGUACGCCGGGCUGUUCGACCUCGCGGAGCUCAACCUGAUGGAGCGCCAGCUCCUCUUCCUCCUCGACUUCGACCUCAGCUUUGACGAGGCAGAGGCCGCCCGCCACUUUGCGCCCUUCAUGCCGACGUCGAAGGAGACGCGCGCCGCGGCGGUCGCCAAGGUGUCGAAGGCGCGCAAGACCCGCACCGGUGGUACCGCGCCGACCACGCCCAUCCGCGCGCUCGCCAAGCAGCUCUCGGCCACGUUCCUUUCCGUACCCGCGCCCGUGCAGAUGCCGCUCCCGUCGCCCUCGACGUCGUCGGAGUGCAGCGCGACGACGACGGACUCCGAGACGGCGUACGAGUCGUCCGCGACCGAGUCCGAGGCCGAAGAGGACGACGAGUACGCGACGCCGAGCAAGCCGUCCGCCGGCGGCAACAAGCGGUUCACGCUGCGCGCGAUCCCCGUGCACCCCCGCGUCGGCGGCGCCCAGCAGCAGCAGCAGCAGCGGAACCGCGUCUCGUCUGCGGACACGAUCGUCGGCAAGCUCCCGCCGUCGCCGUCGCCGUCGCCCGCGCGGAAGAUCAAGUUCGACAGCCUCCCCGCGCACCGCGCGCCGUCGUCGCAGAAGCGUGCCGCCUCGGGCGCGUCCGCGUACCCGGUGUCGCCUGCCGCGCUCUCGGCGUCGGGCUCGCUGCGCGCGCGGCAGCCGUCCGAGUCGUUCCUCACGCGCAUGUGGGGCGCUGCCACCCGCGGUGCGCAGGGAUCCGAGUGCGAUACGCCGACGACGGGGAGCACGCUUCGCAGGCUCACGCACCGGCGGUCAAGCGCCUUCCGCCAGGCGCCCGCGACGGAGGUCUAGGACGAAACAUAAAGGAACUCGAAGGCGUCUGCUUGAUAUACCGCUCCCCAGCCUCAUCUCUGUGAAAUGCUACGAAACCUCCGCACCAUUUGCUCAUCGACGAUUCCAACGACAUACCCCCCCUCUCCGCUCCGCAUCCCGGUUCCAUUCACUA